CCCCCCACGCCGCACUUGACCGGAAGUGACGUAUCAUCCAAACAUUGCGUUGUUCGGCUGCAGAAGCUAGCUGACUAUCAUCGCAGGUUAAACUGUGGGGUUAGUUUGAGACGCUGAAGGGAGCAGGCUGUUCGUUAGGGAGCAGGAGAGCAGCAACAGUCCGCAGACAUGCCUGAGACUGAGAGUUACUCCAACCCUCUGGCUCCUGAGGGCCAUGAGGUGGACGACCAUCGAGCUGCUGCUCAGUCCAAGCUGACCAAUGAUGACUUCAGGAAGCUGCUGAUGACACCACGGGCGGCGCCUUCCUCGGCCCCGCCCUCAAAGUCCAGACACCAUGAGAUGCCGAGGGACUAUAAUGAGGAUGAGGAUCCUGCGGCGAGGAGGAGGAAGAAGAAGAGCUACUAUGCUAAGUUACGUCAGCAGGAGAUGGAGCGAGAGAGAGAGCUGGCAGAGAAAUACAGAGACAGAGCGAGAGAGAGGCGAGACGGAGUCAACAAAGAUUACGAAGAAACAGAGCUGAUUAGCACCACCGCUAACUACAGAGCUGUUGGACCCACCGCUGAGGCAGAUAAAUCUGCAGCAGAGAAACGUCGGCAGCUGAUCCAGGAGUCUAAGUUCUUGGGAGGUGACAUGGAGCACACUCACUUGGUGAAAGGUCUGGACUUCGCUCUGUUGCAGAAGGUGAGAGCUGAAAUCACUAGUAAAGAGAAAGAAGAAGAAGACAUGAUGGAGAAAGUUCAGAAAGAAGCAAAGAAAGAUGUGGAGCCGGAGGAGAAGAUUGAAUUUAAGACUCGUCUGGGGAGGAACAUCUACCGGAUGGUGUUCAAGACAGGGCAGGUGGAGAGGAAUGAGCUCUUCCUGCCUGGCAGGAUGGCAUACGUGGUCGACCUUGACGACGAGUUCACGGACACCGACAUCCCAACCACUCUGAUCCGCAGCAAAGCUGACUGUCCCAGCAUGGAGGCUCAGACGACUCUUACCACCAACGACAUCGUGAUCUCGAAGCUGACUCAGAUUCUGUCGUACCUGCGACAGGGAACCCGACACAAGAAGAUCAAGAAGAAGGACAAGGGUAAGCUGGAUGAGAAGCGUGCUCCUGAGGCGGAUCUGAGCAUCUUCGACGACAUCGGGGACUACAUCCUGUCCGCCGGCUCGUCCUCUAAACCCCCCAAAGACAAGGAACGGCACAGAGAGAGAGACCGGGAGCGGGAGAGAGACAGGGAGAGAGACAGAGACAGGGAGGAGGAGAGCAAAAACAGGAGACACAGCUACUUUGAGAAACCACGAGGAGAAGAACACCAGGUCAUGGAGGUGGACACGGGUCCUGGCUCGGUCAGAGAGCAGAUAAAGAUGAUCAAUGAGAAGUUUGCAGGAGCAGCCGGCAGUCAGUGGCCGGGCCAGGAGCCUGGUUCUCAGCGGAGAGACGGCAAAGAGCAGCUGGGAGAUUUCUUUGGAGGAUCCAAUUCCUACGCAGAGUGUUACCCUGCUACGAUGGAUGACCUUGCUGUGGACAGUGAUGAGGAGGUGGACUACAGCAAGAUGGACCAGGGGAAUAAGAAGGGUCCGUUGGGUCGCUGGGACUUUGACACUCAGGAGGAAUAUUCAGACUACAUGAACAACAAGGAGGCUCUGCCAAAGGCUGCCUUCCAAUAUGGCAUCAAGAUGUCUGAGGGCAGGAAGACCCGACGCUUCAAAGAGACCAAUGAGAAGGCAGAACUGGACCGCCAGUGGAAGAAGAUCAGCGCGAUCAUUGAGAAGAGGAAGAAGAUGGAAGCUGAUGGGGUCGAUGUGAAGAGGCCUAAAUACUGAGCUCUGUCUCUCCGUCAGCUGCUCUCCAUCAGGAAUCUCAUGGCUCACAUUGAUCAGUGAUUAUCUGUGAUUGACCCUGUCAUAAUGUUUGUGAUUGUUUGUUUUAGAAACUUUAAAAUGUAAACAGAGUUCAAAGGUCGUAAGUUGAGUGUCAGUAAAGGAUUUACAGUUCAAGUUAA